UACCAUCUCACAUGUAUUGUAGCUGAACCAGAGUCUGAACGUACAACUUUUUACUCUAGUUUAAAUAAAUGCACUUGUUUAUAUACGGUGGAUGCAGUCGCUGAUCACAGCAGUGCUCGUCUGAGUUCUCUUUACUUUUGCAGUAUAUUUGCGUUGUGUAACAAAGGGGAUUUCUUUUCUGGAGUAGUGUCCUUCAUCGCUUCUUGAAAUGCGACUCACCCUGCGGGCUUUGAUUUCCCAUGGCCGAGUGGCUCGUCGGAUGGGACUCGGACCUGAGUCCAGAAUCAACAUGCUUCGGAACAUACUCACUGGUCUGGUUCGACACGAGAGAAUAGAGACAACAAGAGCCCGAGCCGAUGAAGUUCGCUUUUACGCUGAAAAGAUGAUUGAUUAUGCAAAAAAGGGAGAAACUGAUGAAAAGUCAAUGAAAAUGGCUGAUUUCUGGCUAACAGAAAAAGAUUUGAUCCCCAAACUCUUCAAAGUUCUGGCGGUAAGAUUUGAGAAUCAGACAGCUGGAUAUACGCGCAUGGCCCGCAUUCCUAACAGAGAGAAUCUGGACCACGCAGCCAUGGCUGUCCUGGAGUACAAAGGCAACCCUUUCCCUCCCCUGAUCCCCGUGAAACGUGUCCGUGAACUGAGCUUGAUAAACCAACUUCUGAAAGGGUACCGAGAAGAAAAAGCUCUAAUGGUCGCUGAGAAAAAGGACUUCUAAUCUUGCACUGUAUUUGUACAUUAUAUUUCAUUCAUGUCAUAAACCAGUAUACAUUUAAUUAAAAUA